AUGGCCGAGUCACAAAUCAACACUACUGGCCAUCACGCCGUGGUCUUUGGUUGCUCUGGUAUCAACGGUUGGGCCCUUGUGAACCAGCUGCUAUCCGGAUAUCCAUUAGCUGGAUCUUUCUCGAAGAUUACUGCGAUAGCAAAUCGCCCCUUCACCGCCCACGAGGCAAGGUGGCCCGACGAUGAUCGUCUGCAGAUCGUGUCUGGGAUCGAUCUGUUGGCCGGUGAUGAUGCUCAAAUCUCGAAAGCUUUGGCCGACAAUGUCUCCUCCGUGGAGACCGUAAGUCAUAUCUACUAUGCAGCAUAUCGGGCUAGCGACGUUCCUGCAGAAGAAUGCCGCAUCAACAAGGAAAUGCUUCGUGCGGCCGUGCAAAGUAUUGAAUCUCUUUCUCCUAAGCUUUCUUCUGUAAUCUUGAUCACUGGCACCAAGGCUUACGGUGUGCAUUUACUCGACAAAUUCCCCUUUCGAGGACAGAUACCUCUAAAAGAAGAUUUACCUCGUAUACCCGCUGAGUAUGCCAAAGACCUGUUUUACUAUCAUGAAGUAGACCUACUUCAUGAGAUCUCCGAAGGCAAAUCAUGGUCUUGGUGUGAGGUCCGCCCAGACAUCAUUGUCGGCGUCGCCCCCUUUGGUAAUGCCAAUUGCAUGGCUCAGACAAUGGGCAUUUACCUCGGAUUGUACCGUGCCCUAGAAGGAGAGGGUGCUCGCGUCCCAUUCCCCGGCAACGAGACCAGCUGGAAACUUACAAACACCGAUUCGAAUCAGGACAUCAUUGCUCGCUUCUGUAUCCAUGCAUCAUUACAGCCACGCGAAAAGGUUCACACCCGUGCCUUUAACAUCGCAGAUGGUGCGACUCCCGUUUCGUGGUUGCAACGAUGGCCUAUUCUCGCGAAAUACUUUGGUCUGGAAGGUGUCGGUCCCGAUAGCUCCAGCCUGCAUCCAACCGAGUAUAUGGACCGUCACUGGGGCGAGCUAGAGGCUCUAUGUCGCGAACAGGGCCUUAAGGAAGACGUCAUUUACAGAAGCAUGCAUAACACUGGUGCAAGAAUGGGAAGUUUGCGAUUGAUGGAUUUCGAUCGUCCAUUCGAUCUAGGACGAGCUAAAGCUUUGGGAUUCACAGAGGAGAUAGACACGGCGACUUCUUGGUACACUGCCUUUGAUAGAUGCGACCGCAAAAAGAAGACGAAUCCACCACAUCGCGCGAUAAUUGAUUUCACAUUGGMCAUGAUGCCGAACACCGGAUCAUGGCGCAGUCGCUCGUUAAUAUUGUCACUGCUGCUGGCACCAGUGACACAAGCCAUCACCAUUGAUACCAGCAACCGCCAAUCGGUCAUCGAUGCAGCGAGCGAGGCCGCGUAUGGUAUGAUGACAUGGUAUGCCGGUAACGAGACCGGUCAGAUCCCCGGAAAGUUGGUUGAUACUUGGUGGGAAGGUGGUGCGAUGUUCAUGGCUCUUAUUCAAUACUGGCAUUUCACUGGCGACACAACCUACAACGAUGAGGUCACGGUGGGUAUGGAAUUUCAGGCGGGAAAUGGCGAUUAUAUGCCAUCGAAUUACAGUAAUUAUAUUGGUAACGACGAUCAAAUGUUCUGGGGUCUCGCUGCAAUGACGGCUGCCGAGCUGGCAUACCCCGAAGCUUCUAGCGGUUAUUCUUGGCUCUCGCUCGCACAAGGUGUCUUCAACACUCAAAUCGCACGAUGGGAUACCACGGCUUGCGGAGGAGGAAUGAGGUGGCAGAUUUGGAACUGGGAGGCCGGUUAUACUAUGAAGAACAGUAUUUCGAAUGGCGGUCUUUUCCAGCUGGCCGCGCGAUUGGCCCGGUAUACUUAUAACGAAACGUAUGCCGAGUGGGCAGAAAAGAUCUGGAAUUGGACUAUUGCAAGUCCGUUGAUCGACACUGCGACUUGGGAAGUUGGCGAUUCGGUCAGUAUGGGCGACAAUUGUACGACGGUGGACUCCACACGAUGGACAUAUAAUUACGGCACGUAUCUUAGCGGAGCGGCAUACAUGUACAACUAUACCAACGGAUCUUCCGAAUGGUUGACCGCGGUGAAUGGACUCUUGACCGCAACCUGGGACACCUUUGCAUCGGAUACCUACGGCAACAUCCUCACCGAAUUUGAAUGCGAAACGACCGAAAUCUGCAACCGUAACGAGGUCCUCUUCAAGGGCCUUACUGCUGGCUGGAUGGCCUUCACCGCUUUGAUCGUUCCCUCGACGUACAGCACGAUCGUGCCGAAACUGCAAACAUCCAGCGCGGCCGCCGCUGCAUCCUGCUCGGGUGACAGCAACAAUACGUGCGGUGUGAAGUGGUACACGAAGAGCUGGGACGGCCAGAUCGGGCUGGAAGAACAAAUGAGCGCAUUGAACAUCUUUUGGUCGAAUCUGAUCAUGACUACCAAUGCUAGUUCGUAUGCCCCCGUGACGUCGCGCACGGGAGGAAACAGUACCAGUGACCCUACCGCUGGAACAUCAGAUUCGUCUGACACGACUUCGACGUUGAAGGCUAUCACGACAGCCGAUAAAGCCGGUGCUGGUAUCCUGACUGCUCUGUUUGCUGUUGCCAUUAUUGGAGUCGUCUACUGGACGGUGGCAGGCAGUGAAUAG